AUGAUCAGAUCUGCUUUGUUCAAUGGAGACAUUCUGCACAUGGAGUUUAUAGAAUGCGACUUGUUUAUGUGUGUUAAAGAUACACUUUACAUAUUGAACAUGAAGGGUUUAAUAAGGGAAGACGUAAUUCUUCCUUCAAACGGAGUAAAAGAGAUACUUAAGUUCAAGGAUGUUGUAUUUCUUCAAAUUGAGAGGUAUGGGUAUUACUAUUUCAAGAUAGGUAGUCCCGUACUCACAAAGAUGGAAUGGAGAAUAGAGAAGAUGCAUGUCAACGCCAAUGUAAUUUUUUCACAUAAAUGUACGAUGUCCUUUCUUGACUCUUCGACGUUUCAACCUAGACACAUUGUAACCAUGCCUGGCAAAAUAAUAGAUUUUGCAGAAGUCGGGACUGAUAUAUAUGUCUUGGUCGAUGCACAUCUAUGCUUGAUUCAAGGUUGGAGGCAGAAUAGGGGAAGUGUGCCGAUAAAAUUCAUUGAGUUUCUAAGCCAUUUAAAAUUUAUUUCUGUAACUCCAGGUGUGCUUGAUCUAUUGAUCCUUGAGAGUAAUCAUGAGAUGGUUGUUUAUGGAAAAGAAGUGCUUAAGUCAAUAAAUAAAACAAGCGGCUACCAGGGAUACAGAGUAUUCGGGGCUCUGUUCAUACUUCUUUUAUCUGACAGCAUAGAGCUAUACUGCCUCAAUACAUACAAGAUGUUUAUAAGGCUAUACUUUACACCUAGAGCAAUCACCUAUGAUUCCUGCAGGGGAAGGCUGUGGGUAUACUCAGACUCCUUAUACGAAAUAGAUAUUUCAAAACUCAUUAUAUGA